CGGCGGCGCUGAGGGGCGGCAGCGCUGAGGGGCGGCCCGGCCCGGCGCGGACAUGCCGCUGGCCAAGGACCUGGUGCAUCCCUCCUUGGAGGAUGAGAAGAGGAAGCACAAAAAGAAACGUCUCGUGCAGAGCCCGAACUCCUACUUUAUGGAUGUAAAAUGUCCAGGAUGCUACAAGAUCACCACAGUGUUCAGCCAUGCUCAGACAGUAGUUCUGUGUGUAGGGUGCUCAACUGUGCUGUGUCAGCCAACUGGGGGCAAAGCCAGGCUCACAGAAGGCUGUUCAUUUAGAAGAAAGCAACACUGAGCAGUUCAGCAUGUGAUUUUUGGAUCUGUGUUCCUGAAAGCCUUACCAGUUUAAAAAUGCCUGUUACAACAACAAUGUGAUUAUGAUUGAUUUUGUACAAAUUACAUGCUCCUUGACUAAUCUGCUGGAAUCUCUUUUCCAAUAAAUGAUCUGAAGUGCAAGUUCUUCCUGUAAGUUUGCAGAUAACCAAGCUCUAUUUUUAUAAGUUUGAACAGUAAAAACCUUGGACUUCCUGCAUCGUUCCCCUUGCUAAUCAUAAACUACAGCAGUGUUCAUAAUGUUCAUAGUUCUGUAACUAUAUAAUGCAUAUAGUUACAGAAAUUGCUUUAAAAUGCAUUUUAUUUUAUUACUGCAGCCACCAUAACUGCAAGGGUUGCAAAAGCUAGAUAAGAUUUAAAAUGGCUCAUUUGCUUUCAAUGUUGCUGUAGUCCCUUCCCCCUCUUGGGCAAUAUGGUGAUAAAUAAAAAUGAAAUGUUACUCA